AGAAUAAUUGUCUGGAAGUAAAUACGACAAUGAAAUUCUUAGUCUUAAUUCGCUUUUGAAAUGAUCAAGACGCUGGUUCUCACCGUUCUAAUUAGCUUUACUAAAGCUAAUCCAAUCUCAGAUCAUUUCAAUCUACACGUCGUGUCUAUUAAUGACUUCCAUGCGAGGUUCGACGAAACAAACGAUGCAGGGGGGACUUGCAAAGAUGAGAACUGCAUAGGCGGAUUAUCCAGAUUGUAUAAUGAAAUCGAAAAAAUUAAACGCUCCGAUCCUAACGUGAUUAUACUGAACGGCGGAGACAACUUCCAAGGCACGUUGUGGUAUAGCAUUUUCAAAUGGAACGUCACCCAACAUUUUUUAAACAAAUUUAACUUCGACGCUGUGGUUUUGGGCAAUCACGAAUUCGACGACGGACUUGAAGGGCUGAUCCCGUUCAUGAAAGCCUUGAACGCACCAAUUGUCACGGCAAAUAUAGACGACACACUUGAACCCGAGUUCCAAGGUCUGUAUACGAAAAGCACAAUUGUGGAACGUGACGGAAAGAGAAUUGGAAUCGUAGGAGUUUUGACUAAUACCACGGUGACAACAUCGAGUCCGGGUAAAUUGAAAUUUCUCCAUGAAUCGGCCAGCGUGAAUGCCGAAGCUGAAAGACUUGUGAAAGAGGAAGGUGUGUUUACUGUUAUUGUUCUGUCCCACUGUGGAUACGAAAGUGAUGAAGCCAUAGCGGCGAACGCUACGAAAAAAAUUGGUUUAAUAGUUGGUGGACACACACACACUCUCCUAUACUCUGGAGCGCCAGUUCCUGGGCCAGACCAUGCCUUAGGCCCAUUUCCAACUAUCGUAAAACGUAAAGAUGGAAAUCAAGUUCUGAUCAUUCAAUCGUCUGCUUAUUCGAAAUAUUUUGGUGACAUACAUGCCAGUUACAAUCUGGAGGGAGAAGUUGUAGACUUCUCUGGCAAUUCGAGAUUUUUGGACCACACCGUUCCCCAAAAUAAAGAACUCAAUGAAGAAUUGCUACCCUGGAAGAAAACGAUUGAUGCGAUGGGCGAUGAAGUUCUAGGUUCGACUCUUGUAGAUUUGACCAAAACGAGUUGUUACACUCAAGAAUGCCUCCUUGGCAAUUUUGUAACUGAUGCGUAUGUCUAUCAUUACUCAAAAAAAGCGAAACCAGGUUCUUGGACUUACGCCUCCUUGGCGAUUAUAAACCCCGGUGGUUUGAGAACUGACAUUAAAAAAGGCAACAUAACUUACAAUGACUUAAUAAAUGCCCAACCAUUCUCUAACACUGCUGAUGUAAGUGAGCUCCAAGGUAAACACAUCAAACAACUGUUCGAAAACGCCGUCUCAACAUCAGUCAAAACACCAAAAGUUAAAAUCAACCUUAGAGUGUUUCAAGUUUCAGGCAUAAAAAUAGUCAUUGAUCUUCACCGACCAGUAGGACAACGUGUAACAUCACUACAAGUCUUGUGUAAUAAUUGUUCUGAACCAGCAUACGAACCACUGGAUGAAGAAAAAGAUUAUCGGAUUAUCACUCCGUCAUUCUUAACAGGAAAUGAAGGAUAUCCACCUUUAACUCAUAUGAAAAAUACCAUAAUUGGGGGCGUCGAUGUUGACGUUAUCAGAAAUUAUUUGGCCGAUAAGUCUCCCGUUAGUCAGAAGAUUGAAGGCAGGAUUGAAAUUAUCGGAACUAAUGAAUUUUUUUCUAUAACAUAGGAACAAAAGAAUUUGUUAAAUACUCUAAAAAAUCUAAGUAAAUUGUUUAAAAAAUGUUACCAUUGACUAUA